AUGAUUUUUCCAGGAGGGGAAAGUUUUGAUGAAACUAUUCAAAAUCAGUUUAUACGUAAACGAGAUGUAAUAUACGGUAGUCAAUUGUCUGGACAUAUAAUGUGUUAUGAACCGUAUUUUAAUUGUGAUUAUGGUACAUUAUGUUUGGAUUGGAGAAAUAUAUGUGACGGUAAACAACAGUGUAUCGAUGGAACAGAUGAAAAUAAAUGUGAGUGGUUAGAAUUUAAUGAGUGUGAACCACACGAAUAUCGAUGUUCAAAUGGAAUGUGUAUACCUGCUCAAUAUUUCCUAGAUGCCUCUUCAUUACGUAUGAUGGGUUUUGAUUUUAAAUGUUAUAACAGUACCACUACACCGUGUAUACCGUAUAAUCAGCAAUGUAAAAGUCGAUGCGAAAUGAAUGAGGAUAGUCUAUUGUGUGAUAAAUAUAAUUUGGUCAUGGACCCAAAUAAUUCUGAACUAUUUAAAAUAAAUAGAUGUGAUGGAAAAAUAAAUUAUAUUUAUGCAAAUAAUGAUGAAUAUUAUUGUGAUCCAGAUGAUCCAAAAGCAAAAAUGCUGUAUAGACAAAAAGCAUUGAUACAGAAAAGUGUUACAACAAUACGUUUACCAUUCGAUACAGAAUUAUUAAAACGUUCUUCCUCAUUGUUUGUAUCUAUAUUACUCUCAAACAUGCGUAAAGCAUUUAAAGAUGACAAACUAUUAUUUAUUAGUCUUAGUUAUGAACAACGAGUUCAAUAUCAUAAUUAUGUUAAAAGACAUUCACUAGAGGCAUGGUCAUGUAAUCGUGGAAUUUCUGUAAGAAAAGAAGGUAUAAUCGAAUGUUUUUGUCCUCCAAGUACAUAUGGUCGAUAUUGUCAAUAUUAUAGUGAUAGAAUAACGGUAAUAGUGAGUGUACAUAAUAUUAUUAAUGUCAAAAUCAUGGUUACAUUGUGGUUAGAUGAAAAUAUGAUUGAUAGCGAAGAAUUCGUAGUAAAUUCAAAUACGAUUAAGUACAAAUUUUAUCUUAUUUAUUCAAAACCAAAACUUAUGAAUGGAUCAUAUUUUGUACAAAUCGAAGCAUUUUCUUCAACGGUACCACUUUCUCUUUUAUCUGUCUGGCAAUAUUCUAUAAAACCAUUUGUUUUUCUACCAGCCUAUCGGUUAUCUACUAUAGUAAAAUUUUCAUCUAUACUUUCUCCGGCCAAUCAACACAUUUGUAAUACAAUAUUGAAUCCAUGUAAACAUAAUAGUACUUGUUUUCCAAUACAAAAUAAAAUCAAUGAUUCCCAUGCUUUUUAUUGUCAUUGUCACAAUAACACAUAUGGAAAAACAUGUGAAAAUAAUCAUAAUGCAUGUUUCAUAGGUGACCAGUGUUCCCCGGAUGCUAUUUGUCGGCCGCCAAAAUCAAAAUGCAUUUGUCCUGUAAAUCAAACAGGUCCUACCUGUCAUUUAAAACAUUCAACUCAAAAAUGGACCCAUUUAUGUUUAAAUGGAGGUAGUGCUGAUCUACGCAACGGUCUUCGUUCUCUUAAAUGUUUAUGUAAUCGACAUUUUCACGGUGACUAUUGUCAAUAUUCAUCUGGUACUGUAAACAUAUCUUUGAAAUCUAAUUCAUCAUCAUAUGUACGUCUACCAUCUUCUUUGAUAAUGCGUACCAUUGUUCAACUUGUAAAUAUUAAACCUGUCACUGACUAUUUGGAUAUUCGACAGCAAAAAUUGUUUAAAAAUAUUCCAUUAGAAAUUAAUUUUAAUAAUAAUGAUUUGUACAUACCACUUAUUGGUUUAUUAAAAUUAUCUUUUAGAAGUAUUGAGCCAAAUAAUUCCAUACAGCAUAUACCCGAAUAUUUCUUGCUUUACAUCAGUCCAUAUAAUAGUUAUCAACCAAUUAGUUUUAAAACAGAUUUAAAUUCUAGUAAUUAUUGUCCACAUGCAUACACAAUUGAAGAAUUAACAAGUUCACAACUAGAAUUUUUGACACCGUCAGCCGAUAAAUGUAGCAAUUGCCUGGCUGGUGGUGAAUGUUUACAAGGUGAUUUAACAGAUAAAUCUGAUUUUGAAUGUAUUUGUCCUUGGUGUUACUAUGGUUCUAUUUGUCAGCAUAAUUCAAAAUUAUAUUCUAUUAAUCUUGAAUCAUUAUUAACUAAUGAUUUAUUUUCAUCGUCAUCAUCAUUCACUGUUUAUAUUUGCAUUCCUAUAAUAUUAUUUCUAAUUGGUCUUAUAAGUAACUUUUUUUGUAUUCUAACAUUUAAUCGUCCAAAACCAUGUCUCGUUGGCACUGGUUAUUAUUUAUUGAUAAAUAGUUUUACAAGUCAAAUAUCAUUAUUUGUUUUGUUAUUAAAAAUUCUAUAUAUUCUAUUAAGUAUCAAAAGAUUAAUAGUAAAUGAUUUAUUGAAUGAUAUUUUAUGUAAAUCACUGACAUUUAUGUUGUCUGUUUCCACGAGAAUAAGUUAUUGGAUAACGGCUUUUGUGAAUAUUGAACGGGUUUAUGUUACUCAGUAUCCAACUGGUCAAUGGCUUAAAAAUCCAAUAGUUGCUAAAUAUCUAAUUAUAGCUCUUUUCGUUAUUCUUACAGGUUUGCAUGUUCAUGAAGCCAUGUAUCAUAAUGUUGUGCCAGAUCCAAAAUAUACAAAAUACGGUAAACUAAACAUACGCCGGAUGUCAUAA